UCUCUUUAUCCUCCUUCCUGGUAUUCUUUAUUCAAUGGAGAGAACUAAUGCAGCCAGUUUAGCAAUAGAAAACGGAUCCCAUGACGUAUAGGUCGGGGAAACUCUUUAUUUUCGAGUAGUACGACUGGAUGACUGGGUGAACGAAAAUUUUUAACAAUUAUCGAUAUCAGAGGAAUAAUCGAAUUUGCAUUGAGAUGAUAAUCGAUUUUUCAACAAGAAAGGAAUCCAAUAUCGAUUUGUUGGUCGAUGCGUAGACAACAGUACUGUCUUUGGUUCCAGCUGUGACUGUCCACAAUUUGUAAUUCAAUUGUGUAUACUCCGUGUGAUAUGAAAAUUUGUAAAUAAUCUACGCUCGAGAAGAGCCUUCUCGCAUUACUUCUUCUCUCGUCACAAAGUUACACGUGAAAUAUGUCACGGCAUCGGGACGUCCGUUGUAUGAACUAUUCCGAUGAGUACGAUGGCUAUGAUGACGUUUAUGGACAUUCAAUGGAGGAUGAUUACUGUGUAUCACCCAGUGCACAGCAGUUCUUGUUCGAUCGAAGCAAGCAACAGAAUAUUGCUUCAUUCAUCACAGAGCCAGAUAUAGUUGAAGACAAUGAGGAUAUUGAGGUUUCGGCUUCACCUGAAGAAGAAAAGUGCAGUCUUUCUGAGUUGGAAAAGGCAAAGUUGACAUCUUGCAUAGAGUCCAUCAGGAAUGUCAUAGGUGAUUCUGUGACAGAAUCUAAGCUACGGGAACACAUUAUUGCAUCAAACUAUGACACUGAAGUGGCACUCAAUGCUAUCCUACAUGAGUCUUCACCAAAAAAUAUCAUCGAUCCAACAGUAAAUAAGGAACGAUUAGGACAUCAUCCAGGUGUUUCAGUUGAUAAACCUAACACAUUUAUGUUCACGAUACCCAAGCUUUCCUUCAAGAAGGAACAUAACUCACCUGAAGAUUCUACUCCCACUACAUCUUUGAAUAACGUAGACGAUUUCAAAAAUUUCAAACGCGCUCCCGCAACUUUUUCAUCAUUAGCUGGACUCACUUUCAACAAUCAUACGCAGUCUGUAAAUUUGAAUACCACGACGAUACCUUCGCGGCAUAACGCGGACACGCAGUCCUUCAGCUCUUUGGCUGCCUUGACUGCCCAUCACUUGCAAAAAUCUAACUUAACCAAUGACAAGAAACUUCGCGAGAAGCAGCAGUCAUCGAGUUUGCAAUUUGUUAUUCCAAAAUUGUCAAUUAAGAAUGACAGUGAGACGACGGGAAAUAAGUCGCCAUUGAAAUCUUCCAACGAUGAGAGUAGUGAAAGACAGUUGAUAUCUAACAGUAAUUUGAACAAAUAUUCGAUGAAUUUACUUCAGAAAGAUUUCUCGAACAUGAGUAUUUUGUCGAAACGUAAUAUCGUGAUGGACGUGAAAUUGGAGGAACAAUUGCAAGGUCCAAUGUCUGUUAUGAACGACAUACGCAGCCCCUCGCCCGACGGUUGCGUGAUCGAUUUGACUAUCGCUCUAAAGGAGGCGAAACUCCUUGCUGACGGCACUUUUAACAAUUCGAUCGCGUCGGGAAAAUUUUAUCGCGACGCGCCCAAUUUGGAUAUAUACAUGAUGAAUACAGCUGAUAUAAUGCCGAAUAUGCUGCCGAUCACUUUAAAUUUGAGUAACAAAUUGUCAUCUAAGCCUGCCCUGCAAGUCACAACAACCCCGUCUACAGUAAAGGUCGUGCCAGCCGGGACGAGGCCUGUGGUGAAGGGUUUCGACUUGAGCGGCGUGGAGAGCACGGAUCUGUUGAGCCCGCGUUGUCAAAGCCCGUCCUCCGAUCGGAAUAGCCCGGAGACCAAGAGCAAAGAGGACAUCAUACAGAAGGAGAAGAAGGCGCUUUCCUCGAAGACGAACAGUCCGCGAUGUCAGUCCCCCGCGUCGGGCCAUGUAACGCCGGAACUGGACACCAAGGUGAAGUCGAACGAAGAAAAAGUAAUAGACGUUCAGGCGAUAUACAAGAGCAAGCGGGGCGACAGCAAGGAGCAGCUUCACUUGGUGGUCGUGGGACACGUGGACGCCGGGAAAAGCACUUUGCUCGGUCGGCUGCUCUGCGAUUUGGGUCAAGUACCGUCGAGACUCAUUCACAAGUACCAGCAGGAGAGCAAGAAGUUAGGAAAGCAAUCGUUCGCGUAUGCUUGGGUGCUCGACGAGACCGGCGAGGAAAGGGAACGUGGAAUCACAAUGGAUAUAGGCCAUUCGAAGUUUGAGACUGACACAAAGUCCAUUACUCUUCUGGACGCACCCGGCCAUAAAGAUUUCAUCCCGAACAUGAUAACUGGCGCUACGCAAGCGGACGUAGCUCUGUUGGUGGUUGACGCGACCAGAGGCGAGUUCGAGACUGGAUUCGACAGCGGGGGGCAAACGCGUGAGCACGCAUUGUUACUGCGCUCCUUAGGUGUGUCCCAACUGGCGGUAGUCGUGAACAAGCUGGACACUGUGAACUGGUCCAAGGACAGAUUCAACGAGAUUGUCGACAAGAUGAGCGUGUUCUUGAAGCAAGCUGGCUUCAAAGAUACCGUUACUUUUGUACCUUGCAGCGGUUUAUCCGGCGAGAAUAUAGUAACGAAACCGAAAGAGCAACUGUCUAAUUGGUAUACCGGACCUACUCUAGUCAGUGUGAUUGAUAAUUUUAAGUGCCCGGAGCGGCCUGUAAAUAAGCCAUUCCGUUUCUCUGUCAACGAUAUAUUCAAGGGUACUGGAUCCGGGUUCUGUGUGUCCGGUCACGUUGAAACAGGCAUGGUGUCCUUAGGUGACAAAGUUUUAAUACUACCUCGAAACGAGAUCGCCAUCGUUAAAGGUAUGCAGUCGGACGAGGUUUCGACGGCGAACGUGUUCGCCGGCGACCACGUUGCCCUGACUCUGGCGGGCAUCGAGCAGCAGAACGUCAGCAUCGGCGACGUCAUCUGCAACCCGCAGAACCCUGUGCCGGUGACGACGUGCUUCCAAGCGCACGUGGUGGUGUUCGCGAUAGCGAAACCGAUCACCAAGGGGCUUUCGGUGGUGAUGCAUCAGCAGUCUUUGGUACAGCCGGCGGUCAUCACGAAACUCAUAGCGCAGCUUCACAGAAGCAACGGCGACGUGAUCAAGAAGAAGCCGCGCUGUCUGCCGAAGAACUCGAGCGCGAUCAUCGAGGUCGUGACGCAGAAUCCGGUCUGCAUGGAGCUGUAUAAGGACAUCAAGCAGCUCGGCAGAGUUAUGCUGCGAUUAGAAGGCACCACUAUCGCGGCCGGUUUAAUCACGAAGAUCUUGUAAUUCUGCUGGAGCUGAUCACACGUGUACGAACAUAUAUAUAUAUAUAUAUAUGUCUCGAAUCUGCAGUGCGAUUCUCUCGCAUCCGACACAGAGAUUUGUUUAGAUCUAACAGGUAUAGAAUACUAUUGUAUUUGUGCAUCACAUACAUAGGGACAACACAAAACAAAGAAAUACUCGUUAGAUUGUGCCACUUUAUUUCACUUACAAAAAUACAGAAGACUCUUCACUCGUCAAAGACUUCGUUUUCUUAAUCAAUAUACAUAUCCAACGAUUGUUUUAUAUUUAUAAUUGUUUAUAUCUUAUUAAAUAUGUUAACUCAGUAUGUGUUCAAUAAAGGAUAUGAUUAUGUUA